GGAAGAACAACAGCCGGCAGCGGAGGUGCCGAGCGCGGGUGCGGAGGCGCGGGCGAGCGUGGGGAGCGUGUGAGGCGGCGGAGCAGCACACGGUGUCGCUGCAGGCUCAGAAACGGCGGCGGAGCGGCGAGGCGGCUCCGCCCCGGUGCGGCGGAGAGCCCGGCUGUGAGCGCGGGGGGGCGGCGCGGGGCGGGCAGGAGAGCCGGCGCGUCCGUGCGGCGGCGGGGAGCCGUGCGGGGCCCGGGCGGGUGGAGGCGGCGGCGGCGGCGAUGGGCGUGUGGUGGGGGCCCGCGGUGCGUGUGCUGGUGCUGCAGGCGGCCUGGGCGCUGGUCGGCGGGCAGGUGCGCUACUCGGUGCCGGAGGAAGCCGAGGCCGGGACGGUGGUGGGGCGCCUGGCGCAGGACCUGGGCCUGGAGGCGGUGGAUCCGGAGGCGCGGCGGCUGCGGCUGGUGGCGCAGGGCCGGCGGGCGAGCGUGGAGGUGAGCGGGGCGAGCGGGGCGCUGGUGGUGAGCUCGCGGCUGGACCGGGAGGAGCUGUGCGGGAAGAGCGCGCCGUGCGCCCUGCGCCUGGAGGUGCUGGUGGAGCGGCCGCUGCGCGUCUUCCACGUGGAGCUGGAGGUGACCGACAUCAACGACAACGCCCCGCUCUUCCCCGCCGCCCGGAAAAACCUCAGCAUCGCGGAACUGUCGCUGCCGGGGUCUCGGUUCCCGCUGGAGGGCGCGUCGGAUGCAGAUAUCGGAGCCAACGCGCAGCUCUCCUACACACUCAGCCCCAGCGAGCACUUUAACCUGGAUUUGCAAAAAACCGAGGAAGACGAGGAGUCCUUAUUUCUGGUGCUCGCGAAACCGCUGGACCGGGAGACGGUGGCUGUGCACCGGUUGGUGGUGACGGCGAGUGACGGGGGCCGGCCGCCGCUGACGGGCACGAUGGAGGUGGUGAUCUCUGUGCUGGACGCGAACGACAACGCGCCCCAGUUCAACCAGUCGGUGUAUAAAGUGCAGCUGCCGGAAAAUUCGGACCGCGGAUCUUUAGUAAUCACAGUAAACGCCGCGGAUUUGGAUGAGGGGACGAACGGGAAUAUCUCAUACUCUGUCCAGCACUUGUUCCCUCAGGAUCGAAGAGACGUUUUCAUGAUCAACAGAAAGAGCGGGGAAAUCCGUCUUAGGGAAAAGAUAGACUUUGAGGAUGUUGGUCUCUAUCGUCUGCAAGUGGAUGCAUCGGACCAGGGAAGCCCCCCGCUGUCGGGUCACUGCAAGGUGGUGUUGGAGGUGGUGGACGUGAACGACAACGCGCCGGAGGUGUGGGUGACGUCGCUGUCGGUGCCGGUGCCGGAGGACGCGGCGGUGGGGACGGUGGUGGCGCUGCUGAGCGUGUCGGACCGGGACUCGGGGGCGAACGGUCGGGUGCGCUGCGCGGCGUGGCCGCCGUCGCCGUUCGGGCUGGUGUCGACGUUCGCGGGCUCGUACUCGCUGGUGCUGCGGGAGUCGCUGGACCGGGAGCGGGUGGCGGAGUACGAGGUGGAGGUGCGGGCGGAGGACGGCGGGGCGCCGCCGCUGCGCGCCAGCCGCGCGGUGCGGGUGCCGGUGUCGGACGUGAACGACAACGCGCCGGCGUUCGCGCAGGCCGUGUACACGGUGCUGGCGCGGGAGAACAACGCGGCGGGCGCGGAGCUGGCGCGGCUGUGGGCGCGGGACCCGGACGAGGCGGGCAACGGGCGCGUGAGCUACUCGGUGGCGGAGGGCGGCGGCGGGGGCGCGGCGGCGGUGGUCGGGGGGUGGCGCCCGGCGUCGAGCUACGUGUCGGUGGACGCGGAGAGCGGGCGGCUGUGGGCGCUGCAGCCGUUGGACUACGAGGAGGUGCAGGUGCUGCAGUUCGAGGUGCGGGCGGUGGACGCGGGGGAGCCGCCGCUGUGCGGCAACGCCACGGUGCAGGUCUUCGUGGUGGACGAGAACGACAACGCGCCGGCGCUGCUGCCGGCGGCGGGCGGCGGGCCGUGGGCCGGUGCGUCGGGCGAGGCGGCGUCGUCGGGGCCGGGCUCGGGGGCGUUGUGGGCGUGGGCGGCGUGGGGGGCGCCGGCGGGGCAGGUGGUGGCGAAGAUCCGCGCGGUGGACGCGGACUCGGGCUACAACGCGUGGCUGCGCUACGAGCUGUGGGAGCCGCGGGAGAAGGGCCCGUUCCGCGUGGGGCUGUACAGCGGCGAGGUGAGCACGGCGCGGGCGCUGGAGGAGGCGGACGGCCCGCGGCAGAGGCUGGUGAUCGUGGUGCGGGACCACGGGGAGCCGGCGCGCUCGGCCACGGCCACGCUGAGCGUGUCGCUGGUGGAGGGCGCCGAGGCGGCGCUGGCGGCCGCGGGCUCGUCCUCGUCCUCCUCGUCGUCCCCGUCCUCGUCGGGGGCGGGGCUGCGGCCGGCGGCGGGCGCGGAGGGCGGCGCGGCGGCGGCGACGACGAACGUGUGGCUGGUGGUGGCCAUCUGCGCGGUGUCGAGCCUGUUCCUGCUGGCGGUGGUGCUGUACGGGGCGUCGCGGUGGGCGCCGCGGGCGGCCGUGCUGUCGGGGCCCGGGCCGGCGACGCUGGUGUGCGCCAGCGAAGUGGGGAGCUGGUCGUACUCGCAGCGCCAGAGCCGGAGCCUGUGCGUGGCGGACGGCGCGGGCAAGAGCGACCUGAUGGUUUUCAGCCCCAACUUCCCGCCGCCGCCCGGUCCCGCGGCGAAGGAGACGCAGCCGGAGCCGCCCGCUCUCCUGGACACGGUCAGUGGCCCUCCCUUUCUCGCCUCUCGCCCCUUCCCCCUUUUUGCUAGUCUCGCCCGAGUUGCCCUUCUCGCCCGCCGCCUGGGCAGGCGGUGGUGGGAGCCGGGCUCAGCCCCGGGGCCUGCGGGCGGUGGGUGCUGGUCGGGUGCUUAG